AUGAAAGCUGCACUUUGUUUCUUCUGGGCCUUGAGCCUUGCGACGGUUUCCAGCGCAUGGCCACAAAACCAGGCUGCAACCUCAAGGGAUAUCCAAAGGCCUGCCCUGGAGUCAUCGCACGAGUAUAGCCCUGCUCACUAUCCGUUCCCGGAUGUAAUUCUGCCAUCGUUGGAGACGUCCUUCUCACCCCGCUUGGCUAUCGUGAAACGCGAUAACAACGCUGAAAAGCCUCCCAGCCAUUGCCUCCGUGCCAGGGAGUUUCCGGCAGAAUUUGACACUCUAGCGAUUAGCCUCAAGCUGGCUAAUGUGGAUUGGGCUGGAACCAGUUCUGAUGUCACUAUCAGCGUUACUGUCAACGACAAGGGCAAAGUCCCAGUUUUUAAGGGCAAUGUUAGCCCGAGUGUUAAUGCUCAUCAAACCAUUUCAUUGAAGUCAGCAGAUUACUUUGGGGCAGAAAAGAUCAACUUGACGGACUUGAAAGUGUUAAAGAUUUACGCAUACCAUAAUGGUCAUAUCUUUGAUGCCUUCGAAGGGCUGCAGUUCAAUUUAGAAGCCCGUCGUCGUCUUCGCAACCGCGCAAAGAGUGGAACCUUGAGGACAAUCAGUGGCACGCCAGCAAGCCUGGAAAGGCGAGUCCAUAUGGUAACUAACUUUGGUGUUUCAGAAGAGAGACUACUGAGCCAGCCGGUAUACUUCGAUGGGUUAUUUGUCAGGUAUCGUACCCUCGCAUCAGGGCUAGUGGCUAGGCUGAGACAAUUACCACGCUAUGUCUGGGCUUAA